AUGGACGCAAAGCCACAACGUAUUCGCGUUCGCGGCGACGAGAACGCCCCGAUGGCCUUCGCGGCCAACAAAACACUUCACGAGCGAAACAAAUCUGCCACUGCUCUCGCCGGCACCUUUCAGAAUGGAGCGCCCAAGAAUAAUGGCCCGCGUCGCGCUGCGUUUGGGGAUGUCAGCAAUACCGCUAACCCGGUCCACGGAAGUCGCGAUGGCGCCGCUUUGGCGGGCAAGAAACAGAUCACCAAAGGCGCAGCAAAGCCCACAGUGAAGAUCCCCGAAAGGAAGUCUAAUGUGCUGGCCCAGCCGCCUCAGCGUCCCACGUCCGUGUCGAACUUGAAGGGCAUUCUCAACCAGCCCAAGGCUCAACAGAAGCCCCUUGAACUGGCUGGCAAACAGACAACCCUAUUGCAACAGACUGCCAACACGCGCAAGACGCUGAACAAACGAGGAACUGCCAUUUUCAAGGACCCCGCUCAGUCCAUGAACGAAAUCAAAGACGAAGUUACUGCAUCCAAGGAAGCCAAACCCGACGUGUUGGACGUUAGCACGGAGGGCAUUUUGCGUCCGUCAACCGUACUGUCACUUGAGGACAAGGUGGAAGAAGAUAACGCGGUUCAAGAGCCGCUUGAAAAUCUGCACGAACACUAUGACGCCGACGACUGUGCGGUUAUGAAGUCAGACGCAAUUGGCGCUGAAGCGGAAACAUCUUCUACAGCUGACGAAAAUGAUUGUAAAGCACAAGAGCUCGAAGAGCCCAAGCUUCAUGAGUCUCAUGCAGUCGUGCACAGUCACCCCCAUUCAAUGCCUCCACCGGAGCAUGAACAGGAACCGGAGGAAUACUGGAACGACGAAGAGGACGAGAAUGAGGAGGAUGACGGAUAUGUUACUGCGCGCUCCUAUCGCUCCCGGGGAGACAACACUACCGGCGGAAUAACUGCUGUACUUUUCCCCAAGUACAAUCAACAAGUGAGGCGGGAAUUGGCCCUGGCAAAGGAGAUUGUCGAGGCUACCCGUCCGGAGGAGGAUGUUGAAGACGAGUUCUGGGAUACUAGCAUGGUUGCUGAGUAUAGUGACGAAAUCUUCGACUUUAUGAAGGAACAAGAGCUUAAAAUGCUUCCGAACGCCCAUUACAUGGACUACCAGGUUGAAAUCCAAUGGUCGAUGCGGUCUAUUCUCAUGGAUUGGCUGGUGCAGGUCCACCAUCGCUUUGGGCUCCUUCCAGAAACCCUCUACUUGUGUGUCAAUUACGUCGAUCGUUUCCUAUCUAGCAAGAUCAUCUCGUUGGACAGAAUUCAGCUUGUGGGUGCAACCGCGCUGUUUAUCGCAGCCAAGUACGAAGAAAUUAACUGCCCAUCCGUCUGGGAAGUUGUCUUCAUGGUUGAGCAACGUUAUACCGCGGAGAGGAUUAUCGAGGCCGAGCGGUUAAUGCUGUACGUGCUGCGGUUUGAGCUGGGAUGGCCUGGCCCUAUGAGUUUCCUGCGGAGGAUCAGCAAGGCUGACGACUAUGACUUGGAAACUCGCACUAUGGCCAAGUAUUUCUUGGAACUCACCAUCAUGGAUGAGCGGUUUGUCAGUAGCCCUCCAAGCUUCCUCGCUGCAGGCGCUCACUGUCUGGCACGCUUGAUGCUUGGCAAAGGAGACUGGUCUGCGGCUCAUAUCCAUUACUCGGGUUAUACCUAUUCUCAACUCCUGCCUCUCGUCUCCGUGUUGUUGGAGUGCUGUGAGAACCCCGGCGGGCACCAUGCCUUCAUCUUCGAGAAAUACGCGGACAAACGAUACAAGCGAGCGUCUCUCUUCGUCCAGGCGGAAAUGCAAUAUUUUCGCCUUCCCCAAGUAUCGAGAGACAGUUCCGUCUACAAGCGCAACGGGCUUUUUGGCGCCACACACUAUUAG